AUGAAAAGCUUUGUGAAUAAAAUCCGAGAGAUCCAAUGUCCGAAUGCGCCGAUUAUCAUCUUGUGGAGUACUAUGAUUCUUGUGGAAAUACUUAUGAUGUCGAUAGUGGUGUUAAUAGCACAAACGGGGUGUUCGGAUUUGGACGAAAUUAACGAUCGAUUUGACCCCGACCUAGCGCCUUCAUUCAUCGUCGGCCCUCGCGACUUUUUAUAUGGAGAUUUUAAUGGAGACUUGAGAGCAAAUCGGUUGAUUGCUGAUGUCUUGAGAGUUGGUGUGUUUUCAAAGAUAUGUGACACCGCGAAUGACACUGUUACAUUUGACUUCAUUAGUAAUAUCACUGGUAUAAAUAAUUUGAAUUAUGAGAGUUACUUCAACGCCUCAUUCACGUUCGAGCAAGGGAAACUGCAGAAGUUUUGUAAUAGUGUGAGAGACUAUAAGCGCUGUGUGUUAUCCGAUAAAACGGAGUACAUCACAUUUAGUGUGAACAAAAAGUCUGUUCGGUCGGUCACUUCGAUAGUCGAAGCAAAGAAGAUACUCAACAAGACUCGAGUCCCUCUAGUCUUCCAUUUCCCGGAUAUCCCACAAGUCGUGUAUUUGAAUAAAAAGGACUUUUCGGCCGGAAUAGUGACCCCUGCCCGGGAUCCUUAUGGGACUUAUUCUGCUACGUCGCAGUACAUAGCAUUCUCUGGUCGUGAGAAGAUCAACACAGGCAUUAUAGUUGGUUGGAAUGAUAACGUGAUGGUGAGUUACUUAGAUGGGAAUUAUUCCAAAGGGGGGUUUAUCAUCCGUAACACGAAUGAAAGUGCCCCACGGCAUUCAGUAGAUUGGUGGGUGGGGGAUGUUUCAUUAGAUGUUGAAGUGAAUAGAUGCUUCAAUAAUGACUCGUAUACGUUGUGGAGGUGUUACGCGUCGGGAGUGUCUCAGAAGUCGAAAGCAACGAUCAUGAAAUUACGACAAGAAGUGAUAACGGAACAGACUCUUGAGGGUUUAAGAGUGUCUAAUAUUGAAGUUGAGUAUAGAAUUAACCCACUAGAUGAACCUGACAAUGUCACUACUUUCACGUUCUAUGAAAUGGUGUCACAAAUCCAAAACGGAACGUUUGCUGGGUUCUCGAGUAAUUUCAACUUCGACACUUUUGUUGUCUUCCCAUUGUGUAAAACUGAAGACUCACAGAAUGAAGGACAGCUCUUCGAUAUCGUACAACAGGAGGGUGGCUUCUUCGAUAUUAAAAUGUCCAUUAACGGCGAUGAGGAAAUCUUCAUACUCAAACACGUCUGGAAGGAAUUCAUGGAAACUUAUUUCGUCAGAACAGAAAUCACUCUCGACCUCGACGAAAACUAUGUACCACCUGUAAGAGCGGAAUGCGCUUAUUCAUUUUUGCCGUACGACGUCGUGAAGAGGUAUAUGCAACUCAACCCAUUCGAAACACAUUUCCACCAAUUUGAUAUUGAAGAUCUCGAGUGCGGAGGAAAAGAGAUGGAAAUCGAGAUUGACGAAACGGUCGACUUGAAUAUCACAAUGAAAGCGGUCGAAAGAAACUUCACGUUGUUGCAGAAUAAUAUAGCUUACUAUAAAUUCCCAAUAGUAUCCAAGGAAAAAACUAAUAAUCUAAAAGAUGAAUUGUGA